CGAUAUUUUGAUACAUCUCGCGUAACUUCCGGCAGGAAACUCAAACUCUCGUGGCGGAGAUAGCGGCGGGUUGCAGCUAGCCGGCAGCAUCAUGUCUGUGUUUAUGGAUUUAAAUGUGACCUACACGGCGGAUAAGAACCAGCUGCAGAGUCUGAUAGAGACAGCAGCUCACCUCGGAUUCUCUACCGUCGCCAUCAACUACGUGUUUGAACCAACAGCCAAAAAGAAACAGGAGAUUCCCACCCCGACGCCGAUCAGCGAGCUGAUGGAGCAGCUGCCCCUCGUACAGGGUCGCUCCCGGCCAAUCAGAGUGCUCAACAGACUGACCAUUGUGAUGUCAGACGCCAGUCACUUUGUGAGUGUUGAUUUUAUUUUGAAAUGUUUCACUUCUGCUGCUUUAAAGAAGACUUACAUUAUAAAUGU